AUGGAGAGAAAGAAUGUGAAUGAGAAAGAGAAGAUCGAGGGAAGAAACAUGAUGCUGGUGACCACACUGCUUGUCAGUGAUGUGGCCGGGAAGAACAGUUCCUUGGAAGUGGAGGAGACUCUGCGGUCUGGAGAAAUAACCAGAGGACCUUGUGAGAUCGGCUGGUUUGUAUAUCAGCCUACUAGAUCCUGUUACCAUUGUUUCACAACCUUGAAAACGUGGAAAGAUGCUGAGUUUUCUUGCAACAGAGAGAAACAUUACGGACACCUGGCUUCUGUGACCUCAUAUGAACACAACAACAUCAUUUCAAAGGUGGUGCAUAAGGUGAACAAGAACAAUCAAUAUGUUUGGAUUGGCCUGAAGGACUCAAGCAAGAAUGGGAAUUUCAGAUGGAUUGAUCAAUCUCCAAGCUGUUACAUGAACUGGGAUGAGGGAAGACCUGUGCAUUAUGAUCGAAAUCGACACUGUGUUUUUGCUAACUAUAACAGUAAGUGGUGA